AUGGAACAAUGGGAUACUUGGCUAGCUAAUGAUAUUUUUGUUUGUAAUAAAAUUAAAAAUGAAAAUAAUAUUAAAGAAACAACAAAUAAAUUGACAGAAAAGAUUAGUAAUUAUAAGCUGAAUAAUACACAAGAAAUAAAUGAAUCAGAUGAAACAAUAACGACGCCUUUAUGGACACCAAAAAUUGUAUAUCAUAUUUUUAGUUACAAUUUAUUUUUUAUUUGA